AUGCCCCCCAAUAACCGCAAAAAGAAGAAGCCUGCCUCCAACCCGGCCCGCGGAUUCGCAACGGUCUCAGUGCCCUCCAAACCCAAGGCCACGGAAUCGCCAGCCCCGGCCUCCACCGCGGACUCGAAGUCAGUCUCGGAAAGUGACCGACCAACUCCCGUCGAGAGCAAGCCAGCUACAGUAGAACCCAAGACCGAUGCCCCGUCAUUACAGAACUAUACCCCCGAGGAACUCGAGAGACACUUGGAGGAGGCCGAGCUCCAGCUCCUGGUGGAGAAAUACGCCUCCAAAUGCAGGAGUGAUGCCUCUCGGCAGGUCACAAAACUGGAGACGGAACGGAGGGUACUCCGCCAACAGGCCGCGCCGAUCAAUCUCCUCGAGUGGUUUCCCACCGAGGUGUUGGCCUCCAUCUUGAGCCUGGCCGAGACAGAGGAGCGAGAGCUCAGUCCCCUACCUGGACGGGAUGCCGGGGGGCAGAAGAAGCCCCUCUCCGAGGAAGACCUGUAUAUGAGAUUAUGGACGCUCCAGGAGACCUUGCUUAAACUCGGCUUCCCUGACGCGAAAGUAAACGAGUCUUUGAAGCAUCUCCUGCUUUACUUUUCUGGUAACUUUGCCACGACCAAUAGGGAGGUGGUCUGCAACCUGGAUGAGGCCCUGGACUGGCUUGCCAUGCACUGCGACCCCAAGGAAUUACCGUCUUACACGCAGACCAAUGCACAACAGCGCAGCGAGUCGGAUAAACACAUUUCCUGGAUAAAUGAUCGUGAGCCAUCACAAUCCUCUUCCCCCAGUCGGGGCCCAGUUAAUAGCAAAGUGAAAAAGCCCAAAAGCCCAGUAAAGGAGCCGAGCCCUGCUCUCCAGUCGAGUCCGUACGACUCGGACAGCUCCCUUGACCCUGACACGCUGGUCCCGAAGUACUUGGAGCUGCAAGCUCGUCUAUAUGGCCUGCGACCCGAGUUGUUCGACCAGCCCAAGAAGGGUAAGAAGGGAGGCCGUAAGCCUACUGGAGCCGACGUGCAAGAUCCCCAGAUCGCGAGGCUCCAGCGCAAAAUUGCUAGCAUUGAGAAUGACGUACUGUUUGACCGUUAUGAGGCCGAAUACAAGUGGAGCGAGAAGCUUGACGACCUUCGGAAAGAGGCAGCUUUUGUUCGGCGCUCACAGCCCGCAGAGAAACCGGUUCCCGAUGAUGCUGGCAAUCAAGAGCAACUGGACGAGAAGACGGCAGAGCCAGAGGACGCCAUGCCGCUGCUCGACAACGAAGAGAACACUGACUUGCUAGGGGACAUGUUCCAGGACGAAGAGCCGGUUCUGGAGAUCGGCGUGAUCACCGCGGAGUUAAAUAAGGCUUCCAUCAAGAUCCGCGAUUUUGGAAAGUGGACUGGACUGAGCCCCCGACGGGUGCUGGAGGAAACGUGCAAAGCCAGGGAUACGGGAUGUAAGAUCACAUACAAGGACUUGUCGGCAUCGUCGCAUUCGAACCGGGCCGCCGUCGAAGUGCGAUGGUCCAAACCCCAGGAGAUCCCCUUCCCUUUCGUAUGGGACGCCACCACACACAACUCGAACGCGUACGCAACCUUUGUCUCGAUGGACGCGGUGGCAACGCCAACCUCCCAGCAAGCCGAAUCCUUCGUCUCCACGCUUGCUCUUUUCAUUCUUUUCGCUCAAAACUCCAAAGAGGGCAAGGCGUACCUGCGCCUUCCAGCAGUGUGGCGGGAGCUCUGGACCGAAUUUGCCAAUGCCAAAAAAGUCCAGGAAGAUGAAUCCGAUAAGCAGGUGGUCAAGAACUUGAAGAAGCUGAUACAGGACAACCACGGUGCCUUUGAAGACGACGUCGUCUUGUCGCAUAAUUUCCGGAAACGAAAUGGAACUUCUAGCAAGCCGGAAUCCCCGGUGCGCGGAGCUAACGCAAAGGAUAACUCUGGCAUUGAUACUGAGUUGACUAGAAUUUGGGCAGAAAAAUCGGCCACUCCCUCAUUCCAGCAUAUGGCUCAAGGCAGGAUGAACCUGCCCAUCUGGAACUUCCGGGACGAGAUCCUUAGCACUCUCGACACCCACCGUGCGCUUAUCAUCUGCAGUGAGACCGGAAGUGGCAAGAGUACCCAGAUUCCUUCAUUCAUCCUAGAGCAUGAGAUGCAGCAAGGCCGCCCGUGCAAGAUCUACGUGACCGAGCCUCGUAGGAUCUCCGCCAUCUCUCUCGCCCGGAGAGUGAGCGAAGAACUGGGCGAGAACAAGAACGAUGUAGGAACGGCCCGCUCGCUCAUUGGCUUCGCGGUCAGGUUGGAGAGCAAAGUCAGCCAAUCUACGAGACUCGUAUUCGCGACUACUGGAGUGGUGGUGCGAAUGCUGGAGCGCCCGGACGACUUCCGCGACAUCACACACGUCGUUCUUGACGAGGUCCACGAGCGUUCUAUUGAUAGUGACUUCCUUCUCAUUGUCCUUCGUCGCUUGAUGCAAAGGAGGCCCGACCUGAAGCUGAUCCUCAUGUCGGCUACGCUCGAGGCCCAGCGCUUCUCCACUUAUCUUGGUGGUGUUCCUGUGUUGAAUAUCCCCGGCCGGACUUUCCCCGUUGAGAUGAAAUUUCUGGAGGAUGCCAUCGAAAUGACCAACUAUCGGUUGCUAGAAAACGACCCCAAUGCGAUCGAGGAGGACUCGGACGAGUUGGCGUUGGACACGGCGCAGGGCGACACUGCCGGCGGUCUGUUGGCUUCGCUUGAUGGGUAUUCUAAGCAGACCCGGGAGACCGUGGUGAACUUUGAUGAAUACCGCCUGGACUACCAACUGAUCAAGAGGCUGGUUGUCCAGAUCGCUUCCGCGCCUGAUAUGAUUGAUUAUAGCAAAGCCAUCCUGAUCUUUAUGCCUGACCAGGAGAAGGCAUUCGUUGUGCCCCCCGAGGGCAUGAGGAAGAUUGUGAUCGCCACCAACAUCGCCGAGACAGGUAUCACUAUCCCGGAUAUCACCGCGGUCAUUGACGCGGGCAAGGAAAAGAGCAUGCGGUUCGACGAGCGCCGUCAGCUCUCCAGGCUAGUCGAGACCUUCAUCUCGCGGGCCAACGCGAAGCAGCGACGUGGACGAGCUGGACGUGUGCAGAAUGGAAUCUGCUUCCAUCUGUUCACCAAGCAUCGGCACGAGAAACUGCUCGCCGAACAGCAGACACCAGAGAUGCUCCGGCUGUCCCUUCAAGACCUCGUGCUGCGGGUCAAGAUUUGCAAGCUGGGAGAAGUGGAACCAACGCUGCUGGAGGCUCUCGACCCGCCCUCAUCCAAGAACAUCCGCCGGGCGAUCGACUCCCUGAAGGAAGUGAAAGCCCUGACGAACGCGGAGAAUUUGACCCCUCUCGGACUGCAGCUGGCCAAGUUGCCGCUGGACGUCUUCCUCGGCAAGUUGAUUAUCCACGGAGCUUUCUUCCGCUGCCUGGAUGCGGCCGUCAGCAUCGCCGCCAUUCUCUCCUCCAAAUCGCCCUUUGUCAACACCAUGGGCUCCAACACACAGAAGGACCUGGCCCGGCUGUCCUUCCGAACGGGUGACUCGGAUCUUCUGACCGUGUACAACGCCUACUGCGCCUGGAAGCGCGCCCGGAACACCCCGGGCGUGAGCGAAUACGCAUUUUGCCGGAAGAAUUUCCUCAGUUCGCAGACGCUCCUCAACAUCGAGGACAUCAAGAUGCAGCUGAUCGUCUCCAUCGCCGACACGGGUCUGUUAACCCUGGAUCCCGCCCAGAAAACCCUCCUCAACAGAUCCCGCUCCAACAACCGCUCGCGCAACUUCUUCGCAAUCCCCGAAGAAUAUGACUACAACAGUGCCAACGAAAUCGUCGUGAACUCCGUUGUCGCCUGGAGUUUCUACCCGAAACUGCUCACGCGCGAUGGCAAAGGCUGGCGCAAUGUGGCCAACAACCAAUCCGUGACCCUGCACCCCACCUCCGUCAACAAACAGGCAGACUCCUCCAUGAAAUGGCUCUCAUACUACCACAUCAUGCAGGGUCGCAACAAGAACUACAAUGCCUUCGAAACCACGGCCGUCGAUGACUUUGCCAUUGCCUUGUUGUGCGGCGAAGCUGAAUUCAAGAUGUACUCCGGCAUCAUCUCCAUCGACUCCAACCGCAUCCGCUUCUCCACCCGCGACUGGAAAUCCAUGCUAGCCCUGAAAACCCUAAGUGCCCGCAUCCGCGACAUCCUACAAUCGACCUUCCGCGAACCCCACCGCGUCCCUUCCUACAAACAGCAACAGUGGAUUGAUCUCUGGCAGACGAUUUUCGCCCAGGCCCAG